GAUUGCUGAAUGCUUUGGUAUUUUCUCAAGAUAUUGCUGUUACUCGUGCUUUCCAGGAUAUUAAAUUACAUUGGUGGAUCACUAAUGUUAACUCUUAUGAGUCUCAUUAUCCUCAUCGAUCUCAUAACAAGUCCGUUACAGAUGAGUUCAAUAUGCUAGGAAGAUCCAAUGGUAUUAUUGAAUUGCAACCUCUAAAUUGCAAUAAUGCUGAUAUCAACAAAAGCGAUAUUAUCAAUGAUCACGAUAUAACUCUUAACAAUCAAAAAAAUGAUCAAGAUGUUCAUUUAGUUUAUCCUGAACCUGCUCAUUUAAAAGAUCCUUCUCAAUAUUCUUCAUUAGAUUUGCCAUCUCAUUAUUUAAAUCUGUCAACUUCAUCUGAUCCUUUGAUAGGUAUAGAUAUAUCAACCCGUGCGGUUGGUGAUGAUGAACAAGCAACAUCAGAAGAUUUGAACAAAAUAUUUAGUUCAUCUCAAGAAAUUGAAAUGAAUUGGGAUUUGAAUGUUUUCCAAAAGCUCAAGUUCCAAACUAGUUUUGCCAAUUUGGGAUACGUCCCCAUCACUAAUGCUUAUGCAUUUAACUGUGAG